AUCGGAACACAUGUGUUGGGUUUCGUUUCCUUCAAAAUGUGAAAUUUCUCAACUUUGUUUGUUUGUAUUUAUGUUGUUCGAGAUGGUAUUCGCUGUGUUUAACCCUUUUUUUGCGAGCGCAUGGACCUCUAGUUCUCUGAGUAUAAACCAUUCGAUUUAGAUGCUGAUUCUUAUGGUAAUUUCUAACUGGGGACUUCAAAUACCUAGCAAAAUGUGAUGAUGCACGGACCCAGGAACGCGCCUGGCUCCUUGCAUGAAUAACCUUACUUCGAAAGUGCUUUUAUUCUUCCUGUGGAAGCCCCCAGUUAUGGCCGCCAGAUAUUGCUGAUCAAUACAUUGAUGAUCGCUCUGAACAAAGCAUGGGGAAACUGUAUGAAAUGGUAUCAUCGCCAUGUUUACCUAUCGUGUUGUGUACCUUCUUGUGGUCCUGCUAUCACGUCGGCAUCAUGAAGGUAAUUGGGGUCUAUCUAGAAGACAUCCGCAAUGAUCUUGGAACAACGGCCACAGAUAUCGGCUUGGCACUUGGACUCCUCACUUUAUUUUGCAAUUUUCCAACUGUCAUAAUAGCUGCCCUCUAUAGAUGUCGCUCUAUCCGUCGGAAGCUUCUCAUAUUUGGGGCGUGCCUUCCUCCGCUUGGGAUGGCUUGGAUUUCCAUGGCAACCAGUAAUCUUCACAUCACCAUCAGUCUAUCGAUAGCAGGUCUUGGCAUCUGCAUUCAGAUGUUAAAUUGCAUCAUGGCGUUGCAUCUGGUGGCCAACGAGAAUUACAAUGUGUUUUACGGCCUCGGUGUCACUGGCUACGGUGUAGGAAUGGUUUCAUUCCCCCUCAUAGCUGAAUUCCUACGUGGAGCUUACGGUUGGAGAGGCGGACUGCUCAUUUUAAGUGCCCUGAUGGCACACAUCAUUCCCUGUGCUGCUAAAGUUAAUUUGAACGUAGACAAAACGAACAAACAACUCAAUGGAUCCCGUAGCAAUUAUUUAACCAUACCCGAUAGCGAGGAAGGGUGCCCGGAAGGAUGUGAAAGAAAGACCAAUAGACAGGGGAGGACCAGAGACCAAGCAGGAAACAACACUGCGCAAGUUGGCAUCUGUCGUAGGAUCACCACAAUUCUCCGCCAAUCGGAUUUCUUCGUGGACCCUGUCUUUAACGCAGCUCAUGUUGUUAAUAUUUCGUUCUCUAUGGUUUAUGCCUGUUGGCAUUCCUUUAUUGUACCUCAUGCUUUGGAGAGGGGUAUUUCUAUCCGUUACACUAUCAUCCUGACAUUCAUAGCAUCGAUUGGGAAUAUCAUCAGCAGAACUGCUGUCGGGAUCUUAACCAAAAACAUCUUUCAUCCAACUGAUGUAUAUAUCUUCGCCACAUUGGUAAACAUCGUUUCUCUCCUAUGCGAUGUGUAUUUCGUCCACUGUGUCGCCAUGAUGAUGACGUCAUGCAUUUCCGCGAUGUCUAUUGGAGGGAGGGCGGCGUUGGAAAUACUUUACAUGAGGGACAGGGCGUCUCCUGAAAAGUUUGACGUCGCGUUGGCAGUGGACAAAUUUUGUUUCGGCAUUGGGGCGGUACUUGGUGGCUACCUCGGAGGCAGGAUUGCCGACCACUUCUCAUCCUUCGAGGCUACAUUUAGAAUGUUACCUGUGAUUGAAACCAUCGUUCUUAUACCCAUGCUAAUACUCAGGUGUAAUCCGAAAGAAAUUUCCAAGAGUUCUUGAAGUUUAUUGUGUCUGAGAAAGGACUUCGUAAGGGAAUAUCAGAAGUGUGACGUGUUAUCUCUAAAGAUAAUUCAAAUUCGUCUUGCAAUCAUGAUGGCAUUGCACGACCCAUAUUACCCACUGCGACAUGGCAUGUCUGUCUACCUUCCUCCUUUCUUAGUUCUAUAUUGUUUUAGGGACAUGACUAUAGUAGCAUUAUGUUUGUUAAAGGUAUAAAAUACCAGUAUACAUUUUGAACAAAUCCUUCUACAAGCAUGUUUGACAUGGUUUAACCCACGGGCCAAGGUGCACUCAUUUCCACCAACCCACGAAAAAAUAACUUAUCAUCAACUGCCUUAUGGACCGGGCUUAUGGAGUGAGGAGUUGUUUUCUUCUUUUUUUAAGUUAAGUGAUACCAGCUGCAUGAUAUUUGUCAUGCGUCCGGUAAAAUUCAUCAUUUCCAUCCGGCAAGUUGUCAGAUCUGACAACUUUCCUUUAUUUUGAUUGGCUGAGAAGCACCGUUACUAUGGUAACUAUCGGAUAAAACAGGUUUUGUGUUAUGAAGCGUCCGACAAAUCAUUCCAUGAAACUCUCCCCUAAGUGCCGCCUUUCUUACAUUCAUAUUGCAUGCCUACCAGCCCAGCGUCGAGUUGUGUUAAACUACGAUCAGUAAACUGUUUGUGAAAUAUAUCAUAUACACUGUACCUGCUUU